AUGAGAUUCGUUAGUCAAUUCGUAUUACUGCUAACUGUGUGCUGGAUGAACGACCGAUGGAGGAGUCGACUGGUGGAAAACGUGUCGAGGCGGCACGUGGGUUUUUUUGCCGAUGCCUGGACGGAGCCGGGUCGCACAAGCGAUGAUGACAGCCGCCGGGUCCAACCGCAGCUGGAUAGUGGCCAGUCGUCGUUGGAGUCAAACGACAUGGCGCGGGAUGAUCCGGUGGCUUCUGCCGUUUCCUACCUCUCGUCGUCGUCGUCGUCGAAGCUGAGGCACCAGCACUCGUUGAGCCACAUGCGCCAACUGCUACUCAGCUCGUCGACGAACAAGAUCAUAGAUUUCGAGCACGGUCGUUUCAUGAACGCCGAAGAUCAGCUCCUGUACGGCUGGUCGACGGGCCCGGCUCCCAACGAGACGAUCGCCAACUACGUCAGUCGCAACUGCAGCAGUUGCCUGUUGCGGGAGGAGGCGAAGCUGGCUCGCAUCGAACGGGUUAAAGCCGACCUGUUGUCCAAACUGGGCAUGAAGAGGCCCCCGAAUGCGACCGCCGUCCAUCUGCCACCGUUCAUACCACAUCUGAACGGGCUUUUGGCCAAGUGGGGUUUCAACGCGGCCGGAGACCCGCUGAUGGCCGGUGACGCCCCGUACGCCCCGCGCCUUGACCUGAUGGCCGACGACGACGACAGUGCCAAGACUGAACAGAUCUAUUCGCUAGCCAUUCCGCGUAAGUGA